AUGUCGGUUCCAUCUGUUCUGGAAUAUGCUCGCUUCCACGGCCUUGCCACUGAUCACACUUCAGAUACCCUUCUGGAACACCUACACCAUGUCCCCAGUCCCACCGCUUCUUGUUCGAAGGAGUUGGAUUCUUCUUUGCCCGAACCAGAUUUUACUGUCUUCGCCAACGCUCUCAAAGAUCCCAAGCUACAACUGAAUCGACAAGAAACCAUUCUGCUAGCCGAGAGCAUCACAGAUUGCCGCCCGACUAUCCAUUGGACCGAGGUCCUUCCUAACCCCAACCGAUGGAGAAGGCUGAAAGUGGAACAACCUCUUCUUGCUGGAGAUCAUGAUUUGGAUGUUGCAGGGUUCAGUCAAAAUGCAGCGAGCCGCUUAGAUUUGCAAAGUCACUUAGGAGACAUCAUACAGUUGAAUACUACAUGUGUCGAGCCCUAUGAGGAUGAAUGGAACGACAUACAGACAGCUGGCAGCUUGAAAGAUGUGAAGAAAACACUCGACCUUGAGAAAGUGCACGCCACGCGGGAAGCUUUGAUGUGUCUUGCGGAAGCCCGGAAUGGCACCCUUAGCAAGGAUGAAAGAAACGAGCUUCUCAAUAUAGAAGUACCUCUGAAACCACAGCUGCGCUCAUCAAGUCCACUAACAAUGCUCGACGAGCCUUCACCAGAUCACUCUAUCACAUCUCCUUUCGACACAGAGGCCGACUCACCCAUUGAAGAAGAUGUUGAUUUGGACAAGCGGCUUCUGGAGCUGGAAGAACGAAUGGAAAAGGAGGGCUGGUCAACACUUAGCAGCCACAGUGCAAUCCCCGUGGACAUUGUAAACACGCCGAGUGUGAAAGUCGGAAAUAUCCAGACUCCAGGAGAAUUACCUCAAUUGAACAAAGAUACGAUGCGAUGCCUUAUCACAACUGGAGCAACUUCGCCACAAGAGGACAUCGGUCAGGGCGUAACAACUCUCUCGACGCCAAUAAAAAGAGGCUCCUCACCUAAACAGAAGCCUGAACUGUCAAUCGGAAUGGAAAAUUCGAAGAGGAGGACCAAUCCUUUAAGUCUCAGAGACGUCACGAGUAGCCCAUCUCAACAAGCGUUGGUGCAAAGCGAUGAUGACGAGUUUAAGCAAGAUUCGGAUGACGAUAUCAACACUGAGUUCCUCAAAAUGGCGGAGCAAGCCUACGAGGAGAUGGAAAACAGACUGAAGAGCGAGACAAGUAGUCUUUCUGACGUCUGUACGAAAAUCCCUGUUCCGAAUCUGGACUUCACUCUGGGCAGGUCCGUUGACCAUUCCUACCAAUCUGAUUUUGUUGCUCUCCAACUUCACCUGGCACUCCAGAGUUCCCCUGUCUUAGCCGAUAUGGAGAAUGAUACAGAAUUGGAGCCAUUAGCAGUUCCUCCGCACUACAUGAGCGUCAAUCUUGACGAAAAGAUCGAGGCGUGUGGCACUCUUCAUGAACUAACGAAGCCUCCUGAAGGUAUCAUUCGAAGUGAGCAGAUGCUGUGGAAACCUCCAGGGCUUCGGAUACUAGACGAGAACGAGGACAGUGACGAAGAGAUGGAGGAAGAUGUUGGUUUAGCAGCCACCAUUUCCAUGCCAUCCACGCCGCAACUACCACAAAAAAGACCUGGGUAUGGCGAGUGCUCGACUUUCUCAAUCCCUGCAAAGAAACAGCGUGGGACAAAGCAGGAAGGCAGAGCUAGUCUGCUGGCAGCCAAGUGCGACUCAUCGACCUUAUUGAAUCCGUUCUCGGCCUCUAGCGCCCUAGCGACAUUCUUGGAUCUGAGAGGCAGCAAAUUCAAAACGGUCAAGCGAGUAUGUCAGCUAAGCGUGGACGAAGUCUUGGACGACCCAAUUGAGGCCACACAGCUUGAAAAGAACGAUCCUGAAUCUGCACCAGCUACAGCCUCAGUUUCGAGGCUUAUUGUAGAGUGCAAUGACCAAGAAGAGCCACCCAGGAUCCUAGUGCCAGCGACACCAGUUCUUGCUACUUGCCCGGCGCCAAACAGUGGCCUUGCACCACCCAGCGCAUUGGAAUGGUGCAGAACAGUGGUGGUUGACAUGGCGCUACUCCAAACGUGUCGCCGUUUGCUCGAUUACCUGGAGAAGCAGGGUUCAGGUCAACUUACUAUGAUAUAUCGAGAUCUCACUUCGCCCCAGGGUCAUAGCGGAACGAUACCCUCCAUUGGUCCUGAUAUGAUUCUGAAUCCUAGAUCUGGGCUCAUCUUCACUAACUUGCAGGCCUUGAACCAGAAAAGCUUGCCCGGGCAAGGCGACUCUACUGAUUUAGGUAUGGUUCAGGUCAAGAUCCUCAGGCUGCUACAAGAUUAUGACCAGCUGUUUGUUUUGGUGACGGUUCUAGGCGCCCGCGAGGGCUUCUUGCAAACAACCUCCGACGCAAUUCGCCAGUUCACAGGCUUCUGUUCGAGCCUUAGUACUCGCAACGACCAAUGUGUAACUCCAGUCUGGAUACUGUCACAACUGCCGUCGCAGACGGAUGAUUCGGAAUUGAGCAGCAUGAGCUGGCGGUUGAUCGCCAGGCAUGCCUUUCCAACAACGCUUCCGAAAGGAGACUCCACUGGCAACCUAGAGACUGUGUGCCUGAUUCAUGAUGAGACACUGUGGGAACUCUUCUUGAGAAAGGCUGGCAUGAAUGCCAUGGCAGCCCAGGUUGUCCUUGGUAUGCUGCACCGGUCUAAUGCACCUAUGUCGGAAGCCCCCCAGAGUUGGGGUUUGAGGAGACUGGUGCAAAUGAGGGCAGAAGAACGGAUUGACAUGUUCUCAGAGAUACUAGGAAGACGCAUGACGGAAAGGAUGAAUACAAUGCUUGAGACCCAGUGGGCCUAA